CCUCCCCAGCCCGCACCCUCCACGUCGUCAAAACCCUCCGUCCAACCACCUCCACCACAUCCACCAGCAGAAGAACCACCAGUGAUAACACCCAACAAACCCUCAAAAACACCCUCGAAUCCCUCCUCUCUUCCACCCUCACCCACCCUCACCUCCUCCACACAAUCGACAUCCUCCCCAACUCCCAACUCGAGACAUGUCUCGUGAGCGAGUACUGCUCCCUGGGAGAUUUGGGGAUAGGUAAGAAUGGAAUAAAAAGAGGAUUAGAGAUCACCGAAGCAAACACCAUCUUCUCCCAGCUUAUGAGUGCGAUUGAGUAUCUUCAUGCGUUGGGGAUAGGACAUGGGGAUGUUUGUGUGGAGAAUAUAUUCCUUACUUAUGAUCAUCAUCACCAUUCCACCUCUGAUGAAAGAGAAGGAAGGAGGAUAUGUGUCAAGUUGGGGGAUUUGGGGAGACCUUACGCAUCCCCUGAGAUACUUUCUCCUGUUGAACAUCAACAUCAACAUGAAGAUAAAGAGAAGGAACUCGACCCCCGAGCAGCAGAUAUCUGGGCCGCGGGGAUCGUGUACCUAGUUAUGCGAAUGGGCCGGAUUCUGUGGCGAAAUGCAGUCGAGGACGAGGAUGGACGAUAUGCCGAGUAUUUGAGGGGGCGGAGGAGUUGUGAGGGGUAUGAGGGGAUUGAGGGGUUGGGAAGUACACAAUGUCACAAUGUGAUCUACGCCAUGCUGGACCCUGGUCCGCGGAGAAGAAUUCGGGCCGGGGAAGUGACUCGCUCGGAGUGGUUGUUUGGAUACCUCAAUCAUAUAUAA